CUUUUAUAGGCCGAGGCGCCCGCACUCCCCGAGUCCCGCUGCUGCCCCACGCUCGCCAUGCGUCCUGGGGCACUGUGGCCGCUGCUUUGGGGAGUCCUGGUCUGGGCGGUGGGAUCCGUGGGCGCCGUGAUGGGCUCGGGGGAUUCCGCGCCCGGCGGCGUGUGCUGGCUGCAGCAGGGCGGAGAGGCCACCUGCAGCCUGGUGUUGAAGACGGACGUCAGCCGCGAGGAGUGCUGUGCCUCCAGCAACAUCCACACCGCCUGGUCCAACUUCACUCACCCGGGCAACAAAAUCAGCCUGCUGGGCUUCCUGGGCCUCGUCCACUGCCUCCCCUGCAAAGAUUCCUGCGACGGAGUGGAGUGCGGCCCCGGCAAGGCGUGCCGCAUGGUGGGGGGCCGUCCACACUGCGAGUGCGCCCCCGACUGCGAGGGCCUUCCCGCGAGCGCGCAGGUCUGCGGCUCGGACGGCGCCACCUACCGGGACGAGUGCGAGCUGCGCGCCGCGCGCUGCCGCGGACACCCUGACCUGCGCGUCAUGUACCGAGGCCGCUGCCAAAGUAAGGGACGCGGCGUGGAGAGGCGGGGCCGCGGAGAGGCGGGGCCGCGGAGAGGCGGGGCCGCGGAGAGGCGGGGCCGCAGAAGAGUCCUGCGCUCACGUAGUCUGCCCGCGCCCGCAGUCGUGCCUGGUGGACCAGACUGGCAGCGCGCACUGCGUGGUGUGUCGCGCUGCGCCCUGUCCGGUGCCUUCCAGCCCCGGCCAGGAACUCUGCGGCAACAACAACGUUACCUAUAUCUCCUCCUGUCACCUGCGCCAGGCCACCUGCUUCCUGGGCCGCUCCAUUGGGGUGCGACACCCGGGCGUCUGCACAGGUUCCCCCAAAGUCCCGCCAGAGGAGGAAGAGAACUUCCUGUGAGCUGCAGCAGCUGCUGUUUGAGGCCGUCCCAAUUUUAUUUAUUGUCGCAGAAAAGAUUCUAAUUUAUGUCACGUGGACGUACCCCAGACCUGGCCGGGAACCACUGUGGGUCCCCUCGGAUCCUGAGCACGUAUCACAAAGGACCGAAGGGAGAUUUUGUAAGAGUUGGUAUGUGCCAUCACCAGGUACCGGGGUCAAGUCAGGACCCCAGACACCUGCUGCCCAGGGAGGCAGCUUCGUGGAGACCCCUGCCUUGACCUCUCCGCCUGCUUUCUACGCUGGAGCUGAGUCUCAGGGCACAGUCUAUGGUAGCUGUGUCCUCCUCAACUGCUGUCCACACGGGGCCUCCCGGCCUCAGAUGGGGGGGGCAGUCAGCAUCCGCCCAGAAACACUGGGUUCCUCCCUGUUUACUCCACUUAGAGUGGGACCCGUGGGAACCUGGCUGACUGGGUAGUCUGUGGUCACCCGAGUGCCUACUGUCCUGUUCUGGGGACACCAGAAUCAGGUCCCAGCCAGCCGCAUUCAUCACCAAGCCCGGCAACAGGUGGUGACAUCAGCCAGGUGCUGUUUGGGGCAUGACCCUUCACUCUGACAGCUGCCACUCAAAAUUACCCACACGUGCCUUGAAGGAGACCAAAAAGAAUGGGGAGCUGUGGCUCAGUGGUUAGAGUGCUUUCCCAGCAUGCACAAAGCCCUGGGCUCCAUCUCCAGCACCACGUGGACAGACAUGUCGGCACACAUCUGCCGUCCCAGCACACAGGAGAUGGAGACAGGAGGAGGGUCAGGAGUUCAAGGCCAGCCUGGGUUACCUGAGACCUUAUCUGUAAAAACCUUAAAAAGGAAGACAAAAUGUCAGCUCAUAAACAGGGCCAUAGGAGGGUGCACAGCCCCCCAUUUGGGGGCAAAGAGUUCCCAGGUCUUCUCUACCCCCGCCCCCGUCCUCGGCUGUGCCUUUCCUGCAGUGCCCCCCAAAGUGUCCUUAGCAGGCAGCCUGGGCAGCCUCUUCCACCCUGGGGUUCUGCCUCACCAAAGAAAUAAAGACGGUAAAAACCACCAUGGUGACCAGG